AUGGCCAUUGGUAACUCCUACGACAGGCCACAGCCUGACCUGGACGAUCUGGUCCAUAGGAUCCUUGCGUCUCUUACUCUGGAGGAGAAAUGCACUCUCUUGUCCGGCAAGAACAUGUGGGAGACCGCAGACAUCCCGCGUCUAGGAAUCCGCAGCCUCAAGACAAGCGACGGCCCAGCUGGCGUCCGGGGUUCUAGAUGGACAGAUGGAACUCACACGACGUUUAUCCCUUGUGGCAUCUCGCUCGCAGCGACGUUCGAUCGAGACCUCAUUCAACGGGUCGGCAAGAUACUGGGUGCCGAGGCCAAGACGAAAGGCGCUCAUGUACUGCUCGCCCCGACUAUGAACAUCAGUCGUUCCCCUUUCGGCGGCCGCAACUUUGAGAAUUUCGGCGAGGACCCCUAUCUGACGGGAACGAUGGCUGGCGCCUACAUCCGCGGUGUUCAGAGCGAAGGCGUGGGGGCUUGUAUGAAGCACUAUGUCGCCAACGACAUGGAGACCAGACACUUCAACAUGGACGAGCAAAUCGACGAGCGAACCUUGCGGGAGAUCUACCUCAAGCCCUUUGAGAUGGUACUCGAAGCUGGUCCUUGGACGGCCAUGGUGGCUUACCCCAAGAUCAACGGCGAACACGCCGACACCAGUCGCUUUCUUGUUCACGACAUUCUCCGCCAGGAAUGGGGAUACGAUGGCCUGGUCAUGAGCGAUUGGGGCGGCUUGAACUCGACCGUCGGCAGUAUACGCGCCACCACAGACUUGGAGAUGCCGGGUCCUCCACUACGGUACGGAAGAGCUUUGUUGAAAGCCGUUCAAGCCGGGGCUGUUUCCGAGGACGAGCACAUCAAUCCCUCCGUUGGACGCCUCCUACGACUUCUCGCUCGAGCUCAGCUCCUCGAUAAUCCAAAGCAGAACGGCACAAACGGCACCCAUGUAUCAACCGCCGAUGCCAACGAGGGCGAAUCCGACACCCCUCAGGCCCGCCAAACAGCUAGAGAGGCAGCUUCGCAGGGUAUCGUCCUUCUCAAGAACACAGGCAUCCUCCCGCUCAACCCCUCCAAGACUCGCAAGCUCGCCAUCAUCGGCCCAAAUGCCAAAACACCGACAGCUGGUGGUACCGGAAGCGCCAUCGUGAACCCGUACUACAUCACCACCCCUUUCGAAUCACUCAGCCAAGCUGCCAAGGCCGCGAACCCAGACAUCCAAAUCACCCACGAACGCGGCAUCUUCACGCAUCUCCAACCGCCCCUGAUCGGAGACUGCCUCACCAACCCAAAGACCGGCGCUCCCGGCGUUCGCGUAGACUUCUUCGCCGGCGAUCGCUUAGAAGGAGAGGUCGUGGCAUCCUCAAACUGGCAAAACUCCCUCGUCUACUUCAUGAGCGAUGGCGACGUGCCGGACUCCCUACGCGGCACCCGCUACAGCUACAGGGCCACCGGCCUACUCCGCCCUAGCGUCACGGGCAUCUACGACUUCAGCCUCUCCAACACCGGCAAGGCUCAGCUCUUCAUCAACGACGAGCUGCUGAUCGACAACAGAGACUGGACGCAGAUCAGCGGCAACUUCAUGAACUGCGGCAGCGUCGAGGUCUUUGCCAGCAGAGAGCUCGAGGCUGGUAAGACGUACAGACUCAGGGUCGACAAUGUCGUGGUCCCGCCGCCGACGAAGCCUCACGACAACACCCUCUUCCACAAGAUCUCAGGCGUCCGCGUGGGUAUGUUGUUCCGGCAUGACGAGGAGAAGAUGUUCCGUGAUGCGGUGGCUGCUGCCAGGGAUGCGGAUGCUGUCGUUCUUGUCGUCGGACACAACAACGACACCGAGCGUGAAGGCUCGGAUCGGACUUCACUCUCUCUGCCACGCCGAACGAAUGAUCUAGUAGACGCGGUAUCAGCAGCGAAUCCGAGCGUUGUAGUGGUGUCACAGUCUGCGUGUGCUAUCGCGAUGCCAUGGGUCGAGGCUCCAGCUGCGAUCGUGCACGCUUGGUACCAGGGCCAGGAGUGCGGUAACGCCAUUGCGGAUGUGAUUUUCGGCUCCGUCAACCCUUCUGGCAAGCUACCCCUGACAUUUCCGCGAAGAAUCGAGGACCACGGCUCCCACAAGUGGUUUCCUGGCGAUGCCGAGAAUGACUACGCGGAAUACGGAGAAGGGGUCUUGGUUGGAUAUCGCUGGUUCGACGAUCAAAAGACUGAUCCUCUGUGGCCGUUCGGGUUUGGAUUGUCCUACACCAAGUUCCACAUCAGCGAGGUCGCAGUACAUGGAAGCGUAACGUCGGAGGGAUCCUCCGCAACCGUCAUCGCAUCUGUCACCAAUAUCGGCGAUGUCCAAGGCAGUGAGGUCCUGCAGAUCUACGUCUCCCCUUCUUCUGCCAUCAAGGAGCUAGGCCGGCCUUGCGCACCGAAGUCUCUCGCUGGGUUCCAGAAGAUCACGCUGGCGCCCGCAGAGUCUAGGACAAUCUCGAUCAGCAUCGACACGAAAGCCUUUGCAUGGUUUGACGUGGAGGGCAAGGGCGGCCCCGGUUCGGGUGGAAAGUGGAGAGUUGAUCGGGGACUUUACAGAUGUUUCGUCGGUACCAGCUCGCGAGACAUCGUGGCGGAGGUCAAUGUCACAGUCGAGUGA